GCGUGUUGAGCUUGUAGCGUGCUUGUUUUUGCUGCUGUGGUGACUUGUCUUCAUUAAUGUCUGCCACACACUGUGGUUAAAAAAAAAAACAAGAUGCCGGGCAGGUCAGAGCUAAAAAUCAACGCCCAGUUUGCGCAGAGAUACGAGAAGUACCGACAGAAAGAGGAGCUGCAGAAGCUGAAGGACCGAUUCGGAGACCGAGCCGAUGACAGCGCCUCUCAUUCCUCCGAGUCCAGCUCUGACGACAGUGAAGUGGAGCUGGACCCUGCUUUGGAGAGGGAUUUUUACAGAACCCUGUCCCUGUUGAAGAAGAAAGACCCGAAGAUCUACGAGAAAGACGCCAGGUUCUACUCAGAAGAUGCAUCCCAAGAUGAGGACCGUCCCUCUACAUCCAAGCAAGCCAAAGUGAAACCCAUGUAUCUGAAGGACUAUGAGCGUAAAGUCAUUCUGGAGAAGGAAGGCAAAUAUGAAGACGACGAUGACAGCGAUGAGGAGGAGGCAGCCAAAAGAAGAGAGAGAGCGGCCUCGCCGAGCUACAUCCAGGAGCAGAAGCAGCUGAAGGAGAGCUUCCGGAGGUUUGUCGAGGACAGCGACGACGAGGCCGGCGAGGAAGGGGGCACGUCCACGCUGCUCACCAGGAGGGUCAAGACGCAGGAGGAGAAGGAUAAAGAAGAGGCGGAUUAUCUGGACUGGCUCAAAGGCCAAGCUGAGCUGGACGGUCCGGAGGAGGUGAAGGACAUGAAAUACCUGCGGGACUACUGGAACGACCCGCAGCUGGACGAGAAGGAGCGAUUCCUCAGAGACUACGUGCUGAAUAAGGGCUACCUGGACGAGGAGGAGGACGACGACGAAGAGCGGAUCCCGACGUACGACGAGGUGGUCCAGGACGACGCGGAGGACUCCGAAGAGGAGGGCGAGAGCUUCCUGCAGCGUCAGGAGGACUUCGAGAGGAGCUACAACUUCCGCUUUGAAGAACCCGACGCUCAGGAGAUCAAGACCUACCCCCGAAACAUCGCCACGUCGGUGCGCAGCAAGGACGACCGCAGGAAACGCAAGAGGGAGGAAGUGAGGGAAAGGAAGCAAAAGGAGAAGGAGCAGAAGCGGGAGCAGCUGAAGCAGCUGAAGAACCUGAAGAGGAACGAGAUCAUGGAGAAGCUGAAGAAGCUCCAGGAGCUGACGGGCAACGAGCAGCUGGCUUUCAGUCAGGCUGACCUCGAGGGAGACUUCGACCCGAGUCAGCACGACCAGCUCAUGCAGAAGUUCUUUGGAGACGAGUACUACGGUGAGGAGGAGGAGGAAAAGCCCCAAUUUGACAACGAUGGCGAUGAUGAGCUGCAGGAACCCUGGAAUUGGGACACUUGGACAGGGGAGGAACAGGAGGCGGCAUACGGUGAAGAGGAGUACAGUGUCUCUGGAGCUCACUGUGACGAUGAAGAUUUCAUCAUGGAUGCAGACUACGACCCGAACCAGCACGCAGCCUCCAAGAAGAAGAAAAAGGAGAAGAAGAAGCUGAAGAAGGAGGACAUGCCGCAGAUGGGCAAAAAGAAAAAGAAGUCUCACUUUGCUGAGGUCAUCACCAAAGCCAAGCCAGUGUUUGAUCCUCAGGAGAAGUCCUUCGAGCAGUACUUGGACGAGUACUACAAGCUGGACUACGAGGACAUCAUCGACGACCUUCCGUGCAGGUUUCGCUACCGGCAGGUUGUGCCCAACGACUUCGGCCUGACCACGGAUGAGAUCCUCAAAGCCAACGACCAGGAGCUGAACCGCUGGUGCUCGCUGCGGAAGACGUGCAUGUUCAGGUCUGAAAAAGAGGAGCUGAGUGACCUGAAGAACUAUAAAGUGAAGGCGCAGAACGAGAGGAAGAAGAAGGAAGUCCUGAGCUCUGUGUAUUCUGAGGAGGAUAAAGAAACACCAGAGGCCAAGACCAAGCUGGGGAAGAAACGGCGAGAUCGCGUGAGGAACGCGGAGAAGCAGAGCAGAGGAGCAGAAGAGGCCGGCGUGGACUCCGCAGAGGAGACGAUUCAAGCUCUUAACGAGGCUGUGGACGGCACAGAGGAAGGGGAGGAGAUCCUGGUACCCAAGAAGAAGAGGAGACAGGAAGCAGAGACCCAAAGUCAAGCAGCAGAUAAGCAAAAAGAAGGGGAGAACCGGACUGAACGGCCGGCGUGGUCCAAGAAGAAGCCCAGGCGCUCAGGUGGACGCCUCCAAUCAGGAAGCAAGAGAGUGAGAAUAGGCGGCCAGGAGUUCAGCAGACAGAGACUGAAGGCCUACGGGCUGAACCCAAAGAGACUCUACUUCAGACAGCUGGGCAGGCAGAAACGGAAAGAGCAGGAGAAGAAGCUGAAGCAGAAGAACAAAGAGGGAUAAAAGCUUGCAUGAACCUGCUGUCAGAGCUUUCGGUACGAUCUGUUUGGUUUUAUACUCCACAAUGGGAAAAUCACCUGUAGAUGGAUCUCAUCAUAAACACUUUUACAUGGUUGUGAUGGAAUAGAAAUUUUUUAAUUUUAUGUACAAUUUUUGGACCUUUGACUUGUGUUCCUCUGCAGUGUUUAACGUGGUUUAAUAUUUGUAAAGUAAAAGCAUAUUUGUCCUUUAAAUCAACUGUCCUUCA